AUGUUUGAAGUGGUCUCCGCCGGACUGGACCAGUGGGCUGGACCCCCAAACCUGCCUGGAGCCUCCUCAGUCCAUCAGUCCUGGAGCCUCCUCAGUCCAUCAGUCCUGGAGCCUCUUCAGUCCAUCAGUCCUGGAGCCUCUUCAGUCCAUCAGUCCUGGAGCCUCCUCAGUCCAUCAGUCCUGGAGCCUCUUCAGUCCAUCAGUCCUGGAGCCUCUUCAGUCCAUCAGUCCUGGAGCCUCUUCAGUCCAUCAGUUCUGGAGCCUCCUCAGUCCAUCAGUUCUGGAGCCUCCUCAGUCCAUCAGUCCUGGAGCCUCCUCAGUCCAUCAGUCCUGGACCCUCUUCAGUCCAUCAGUCCUGGAGCCUCCUCAGUCCAUCAGUCCUGGAGCCUCCUCAGUCCAUCAGUCCUGGAGCCUCUUCAGUCCAUCAGUCCUGGAGCCUCCUCAGUCCAUCAGUCCUGGAGCCUCCUCAGUCCAUCAGUCCUGGAGCCUCUUCAGUCCAUCAGUCCUGGAGCCUCCUCAGUCCAUCAGUCCUGGAGCCUCCUCAGUCCAUCAGUCCUGGAGCCUCCUCAGUCCAUCAGUCCUGGAGCCUCCUCAGUCCAUCAGUCCUGGAGCCUCCUCAGUCCAUCAGUCCUGGAGCCUCUUCAGUCCAUCAGUUCUGGAGCCUCCUCAGUCCAUCAGUUCUGGAGCCUCCUCAGUCCAUCAGUCCUGGAGCCUCCUCAGUCCAUCAGUCCUGGAGCCUCCUCAGUCCAUCAGUCCUGGAGCCUCUUCAGUCCAUCAGUCCUGGAGCCUCCUCAGUCCAUCAGUCCUGGAGCCUCCUCAGUCCAUCAGUCCUGGAGCCUCCUCAGUCCAUCAGUCCUGGAGCCUCCUCAGUCCAUCAGUCCUGGAGCCUCCUCAGUCCAUCAGUCCUGGAGCCUCCUCAGUCCAUCAGUCCUGGAGCCUCCUCAGUCCAUCAGUCCUGGAGCCUCCUCAGUCCAUCAGUCCUGGAGCCUCCUCAGUCCAUCAGUCCUGGAGCCUCCUCAGUCCAUCAGUCCUGGAGCCUCCUCAGUCCAUCAGUCCUGGAGCCUCCUCAGUCCAUCAGUCCUGGAGCCUCUUCAGUCCAUCAGUCCUGGACCCUCUUCAGUCCAUCAGUCCUGGAGCCUCCUCAGUCCAUCAGUCCUGGAGCCUCUUCAGUCCAUCAGUCCUGGAGCCUCCUCAGUCCAUCAGUCCUGGAGCCUCCUCAGUCCAUCAGUCCUGGAGCCUCCUCAGUCCAUCAGUCCUGGAGCCUCCUCAGUCCAUCAGUCCUGGAGCCUCCUCAGUCCAUCAGUCCUGGAGCCUCCUCAGUCCAUCAGUCCUGGAGCCUCCUCAGUCCAUCAGUCCUGGAGCCUCCUCAGUCCAUCAGUCCUGGAGCCUCCUCAGUCCAUCAGUCCUGGAGCCUCCUCAGUCCAUCAGUCCUGGAGCCUCCUCAGUCCAUCAGUCCUGGAGCCUCCUCAGUCCAUCAGUCCUGGAGCCUCCUCAGUCCAUCAGUCCUAG